ACGUGGAGCAGGCGGGGUUUGCCAGCUCAAGGCAGAAUCUAUCAUUGAAAGCUCGAAAUCUCCACGGUGCAUCACGCCCUGAGUGGGAUGGAAGAAAAGGACAAGAAAGAAAAUGGGGAGUACAUCGGAGAGAUAAAGGGGGGUCUGAGGCCUUCAAUGAAACUGGUGGUUAUGGGAAUUGUUGACAAAAAACCCAAGAGCAUGGAGGUGACUGUGUCCAGUAAACCUCGGGAGGAGGACACAGAGGCUGAUGUGGGUCUUCAGCUGAAGGUCACUUUCAGGGACAAGGCUGUCCAACGUAACGCCCGUCUGGCUGGAAAGUGGGGUCCGUCUGAAAACACCCUCUCCUUCUUUCCAUUUGCAGCUGGAGAAGCUUUCAAGAUGGAGAUCGUCUGUGAGCACCAGCAGUUUCGUAUCUUGGUGGACGGACAGCCUCUGUGCGGCUUCACCCACCGCCUCUCCCCGCUUGCCUCCCUCACCUCCCUACGAGUGUUUGGAGAUGUGCAGCUCACUAAAGUGGCCUAACCCGGGACAGUAAACUACAUAAUGUGAUUAGAGUAGAGCCCCCUCCUUGAGUGAAUAAUUUGACCUUUCGAUGGGGAUGAUGUGUUUCCACUUGCAAAAAAAAAAAAGAAAAGCUGCCUCGUAAUCACGUGUUAAGACAAAGUGCCUUCACUAGAUUACCUGUUCGACUUAAGUCUGACGAAUGUGAUUUGAACUGAAGUGAGUUAAGACUAAACACACGAUAUUUUCCCAUCGCUGCGUCGUCAGUGAGAGCACAUGAAUUUAACCUUCUGACAGCACUUAACGUUUCCGAGCGCCCGCAUGAAGAUGAAUGUUUUUCAAAGUGAGUCAAUCGAUUGUCAUUGUGUGAGCCCGACUAAAGUAUUGUAACAGGUGUCGUCAUUUAAAAAUCACAUAGCCGUGACAUUAGUGCAUGUCCAUAAUACACACAGUGUGUUUCCUUCCUCUGAAUUUGCCUCCAGAUUUGACUCAAAGGUAAAGGGUUUUUGGUUAAACUUAAAGGGAUAGUUUAGGUUGUUUUUUUUGUUUUUUUAGUGAAGUUGUGUAAUGUACUGUACAAUGACACAUGUUCAUUGCUGACCAUCACUAGAAUCCCAUUGCUAAUUUUUACCCUGACCUCUUGACCCCUUGUCUCUUGGAACUGGGUUACUGGGCUGGUGGUUAAAAUUGGGACCAACAAAUGGGACGUGAUAUGUCACCGCGUAAGCAGACGCAUCAUGUUUAUAGAUGUACAGUUGAUCCAAAAAUGCUGUAAAAAAAAAAAAUGUUAGGACUAACCAAUGUUAGCUUUAUGAUGGUAACUUUAUCUGGCAAAAAUGUCAUUAGCCUUUACCUGUAAACAUGCAAAACAGACGCGUGGGACUAAGUCGGACUUCUGUUAAAAUUAAGACUCCUGCACUCUGUAGACCAUGACCGUAACAAACCUGAACUAUCCCUUUAAAGACUUAUACUUAAAAGUUUCUGUACGUUUUUAUUUACAACGAGCACUUUUUAGCUGAAUUUUACUCGUUAACUUUACUUCAUUGCAAUAAAUCAAAGUUGUUGUUAUUAUA